CCGAAAGGCUUUUUCAGGGCGGGCGAAGGGGAGGAGCGUUUAGAUGCGACAGCCUGAACGUAGGUGAGAGGUAAAGCACGGAGCGGUUUGAGAGUGCGGCUCCUUGGAGAGAGGGCGUUGGAGUUCGGUUAAAUUCCUUAUGUCUUCCCCUGAAAUUGCCUCCCUCUCAUGGGGGCAAAUGAAAGUACAAGGCUCUACUAAAAUCUAUAAGGACUGCAAAGUGUGGCCAGGGGGAAGUCGGGCUUGGGAUUGGAGAGAAACAGGAACUGAGCAUUCUCCUGGCGUGCAGCCUGCAGAUGUGGAGGAAGUGGUUGAGAAAGGCGUGCAGAUCCUUGUGAUUGGCCGAGGGAUGAGUGAGGCCUUGAAGGUACCCGUAUCCACUGUAGAGUACCUCAAGAAAAAAGGCAUUGAUGUUCGGGUCCUCCAGACAGAGCAGGCUGUGAAGGAGUAUAACGCCUUGGUCACCCAAGGCCUCAGGGUGGGAGGGGUCUUCCAUUCCACCUGCUGAUGGAGUCUUAAGAGAAUAAAUUACUAAGCAAUCAUG